CUCAUUUUCCCCCCCAAGUUGCUGCAUAGGGAUAAAUGGGCUACUUCUAUUGAGGGAUUUGGACACAGAGAAAAGCACCACACAGCUUUUGAAUUUAUAUUAUAGUGAAAAGGAAAAGACACUCCAAAGGUACUGGAUCUGCAUGAAGAGAGAAUGAGGGAGACAGAAAGAGAGAUCAUGAUGCCAGAGCAGAUGCAUUCCUGUUAAAAGGAUUUUGUGUCUCAGCCGUGUGGAUGCAGGAGCUCUGAGAGGCAGCCUGUCGGCUCUCUCUUCACGGCCAGUCUUUCCGCAACAAAGGUGGCCAGAGUCGGAGGAUUGAGGGGGAGGGUGGGGAAAGAACAGAGGUGCCCCCUGUCUUCAGACACCUGCUGCUGGCGAGUAGUUGACAUCGAGGACACUGUACGACUGUGUCUGUGCAUGUGUGUGUGCAUGUGAAUUAAUGUGACAGAAAGAGGAGGAAUCAGAGCCUCACUCAUGCAAUUUGGUUGAUGUGGAGGAUCGACAUUUUCCCUGGAAAUCUUUGCGUCUGUGACUGGGGAGGAGGAGGAGGAAGGCGCUUGUGCACAGAGCAGUGAGCAGCUGUGGGGAAAACACAUCGUUCAUGCGCCUGCUCUCCUCUCUGAGGGAUGGGCACCACAGAGGCGACACUACGAAUGGAGAACAUGGAAGUGAAAGACGAGUGGCAGGAUGAGGACUUCCCCAGACCACUUCCUGAGUACGGAGACAUGGACCCCUCCUGUGGUCUCACAGAUGACAGAGCCUCUCCUCCUAACUCUCUGACUGUGAGCCCACCUGGAGGAGGGGGAGGUGGGCCCACAUCCCACCGGAAGCGUCGCACAUUGAUUGCCCCGGAGAUGAACCUGUCCUUGGAUCACAGUGAAGGGUCCCUGCUGUCAGAUGACUUCCUGGACACUCCGGAUGACCUGGACAUCAACGUCGACGACAUUGACACGCCAGAUGAAACAGAUUCGCUGGAAUUUAUCACCAAUGGCAAUGACCUGGAGUGGGAAGAUGACACACCGGUAGCCUCGGCCAAAGCUGGUCCUGUCGACGGUUCAGGAGAGGUGGGUGACGAUGGAAAUGCAAACAACGGACGGCUCUGGAGAACAGUGAUCAUCGGAGAGCAGGAGCAUCGUAUCGACAUGCAGGUCAUUCGACCUUACCUCCGAGUCAUCACACAUGGAGGUUAUUAUGGAGAAGGUCUGAACGCCAUCAUAGUUUUCUCAGCCUGUUACCUGCCUGACAGCAACUGUCCAGACUACCACUACAUCAUGGAAAACCUUUUCCUGUAUGUGGUAAGCAGCCUGGAGAUGCUUGUGGCUGAAGACUACUUGAUCAUCUACAUGAAUGGAGCCACUCCGCGGAGUAGGAUGCCUGGGAUAAGCUGGCUGAAAAAAUGCUACCAAAUGAUUGACAGAAGAUUGAGGAAGAACCUGAAGUCUCUGGUCAUCGCUCAUCCCACGUGGUUCAUACGCACAGUCCUGGCUAUAUCUCGGCCUUUUAUCAGUGUUAAGUUCAUGAAUAAGAUCCAGUACGUCCACAGCCUGAAGGAACUGGCAGAGAUUGUCCCCAUGGAGCAUGUUCAUGUGCCCGAGUCUGUGGUGCAAUUUGAUGAAGAGAGGAUUAAAGCCCGAAAAGAAAGGAUGGAGCAGGAGCAGAGACAGCAGGAGCAGCAGUCUGUCCCACAGGAUCCAAUUAAGAAGUCAGAGAGACCCAAGUCAACAAUUGUAGAUAAGGGCUUAUGAAGAGGACAAGGCUUAAAACAUGGGGGAUGAAACAGAAGAGUGGAGCCUAAAAUGUUGGACUUACGAGAAGAUGAUGCUCAGCAAUAUCAUCCAUGCUUCCUUGACUUAACAUCUAGCUGACAAUUUGUGUAUUUUACGAUCAGAAUGAUGAUCCCUGUUUCCCACUAAACUCCACAUUGUGGGAACUCUGUCAUCCUUUCUCCCAGAGACAUCAAUAUUUUGACUUGAAAAUGUACAAAGGAAGUCACUGCUCUGCUACAAGGACUGUUCCUCUUAUCUUCUCGUUUGCCUGCUGUGUUGUAGGACCUUACAUGUAGCAAAAAAACAACAAAUUUGUUGAAAUGACGGAAUGUCUGCAUAACAAAUAUCUAUUCAGGUAGGAUCAAAAGUCAGUAUGGGACAACAAUACCGGAUGAUCCUACAUAAACACAUUCAUGCUUAUUUGGGUGAAUUUGCUUGUGUAAAGUGUAGAUAUGGUUUCCAGUGUGUCAGAUGCCUUCAUUUUUAUUUUUACCUCAUAGCUGCUGUAUCAUAAGGCCUCCUCAAGUGCUUUCUCAUAUUUUCAGACAUUUCAAGUGUCCAGAUGUACUAACAGCUGCCGUUAUGUUGAUGAUUAUUUUUAAUACACUGUGAACUUAGCUUUGUGUCCCUCCCUGUAUAGUUUCUCGAGUUAUGAUGUGCCUCAAUCACCCUCGGAUGCCAGAGCACCAUCACUGUUUGCAUUUUAGGAUGUGGAAGUACACAAAAAUGAGCAAGAAUCAUUGAUGCUGCAGAAUGUUUUUGCUUGUUUUCAAACAUCCGUGCAUUUUCUGUUUUGCCUUGUCAGCCUAAACGGUAGUGGGGACUGUUGCCGACACCAUAUUAUAUCUAUACUCAGAUUCUGAAGAAUGACAAUUACAUAUUUGCAGUUUUUUUCCCACUUGAGAUUUACAGAUAGAAAUGUGCAUUUGAUCUUGAAUUAUUAAAGUUUCAGAAGAAGAUUUUCUUUUAUUCUGUUAAAAUUAGCAGAGUUGUCAAAAUCAUUUAGUUCCAAACAUUCAGCACUUUCUCACAUUCAAACGCGAUCAAAACGUUUAUCAGACCUUCUGAUGCAUUAUGGGUCAUCUUUCGGGGGCUGCAUUGAUUUUUCUCUUGCGUCUUCCAUUUAUUUUAUAUAUAGUGUAGCAGGAGAGCAGAGGAAUCAGAUUGUUUUAUUUUUGUAAAGAACCUCAUAAUUGUAUUGUCUGUACCCAUUUUGCACUAUUGGUUUUGGCUCAAACAUGUUGAAUAGUUUCUGAAAAUAAUGUGAUGUGAAAAUAUAUUUUGUGUUGUUUCUUGCAUGACGUGUCCAGCAGUUAUGCAGUCAUGUCGUCAUGUUAGACGCUUAUGCAUCCUCCUUAAACCGCUAUUUCAAAAGUGCCAUUUCAGAUUUGCUUUUCAUACUUUUUCAUUGCUUUUCAAAGCACAUAGGAAAUUAGAUUAUAGCUUCAAGAGUUAUUUUUAAUUUUUUAUAUCACUGAAACAAAUUAGAUUUACAUUUAACAUCGGAAAUGAAGCAUUCACAGCGAGGCAUCCACAGCUAAAAGGAAGCUUCCUUUGCUUGUGGACUGUAAACUGAAAUUAGUGCCUAUUAUUGAACCAAACAUUUUGAUGAAAAGACAGAGAAAACUAAAAGAAUGUAAAGUGUAGCCUUUCAGGUUUUUGACAUAUUUUUAUUGGAGCCGCACCAACAUCAGAAGCAGUGUUUGCAUAGAAACAUCUGAUGAGACCUGUUUGAAAUCAAAUUAUAUUGACAGUUAAAAGCACAAUCUCUACAUGACUACAUAUUCUUUGUCUGGUGUAAAAUGUUUGCUGACAUUUCAAUGGUUAAAUUUCAUCAUCCUGGAGUUUUGAAGAUUGUUUUUGCUUGUACAUAUGACAGAAUAAAUUGUUCCUCC